AUCUUCCGCAUCCGGAUUAUCUCGGCGGUGCUGGAGGUGGUGGAGGAUAAUAGAUGGGGUUGCAGAUCCAGGUCCCUGGAGAGCUUGUGUUUUCCCAGUAGAAGAGCAGGGUGAUUUGGAUCCAGGUAUUUUCGUUGCCAGUUGGAAGAUGCAGCUCCAGACUUUUUCAGUACCCCAUUUGUGGUUGGCGAUGGGCUGAGCCCCCUGGGAGAAAUCCAUUUAGACUCUUGGGAGCUUAGAAUAUUUCACAGUUCUGAAUGUUAGCAACUGAAAAUGCCUGUAGACGAUGAAGCAUCUGAAGAUGACUCGGAUUCAGUUUCUUCAAACAUUGAAAGAACCUACAUUUUCAAAUAAGAGAGUAUAACAAUUUCUGUACACUAUGGAAGAUUUUGAUUUGGUGAAAUCCUUACGAAAAACUUCAUGUUCUGUAGAAUCUGAUAUAAAAAAUUCUCCCCCUUUUGGACUGAACUUAAAUACUAAUAGAAGUAGUCCCCACCUUAGUACAAAUGGGGUAUCCUCUUUCUCAGGGAAGACCAGACCAUCUGUAAUUCAAGGUCCACUUGAAGUCCUCACCUCUUUAAUGCAAGAGCUACAAAACAGUGGAAAGACUGAUUUGGAACUUUGGAAAAACUGUGAGACCAGGUGGUUACAGCUAUUCAAUUUGGUGGAAAAACAAUGCCAAGAACAGAUAGUUGCCCAGCAGGAACAAUUCCACAACCAAAUUCAACGUAUACAAGAGGAGAUAAAAAAUUUAGUCAAGUUACAGACCAGUAAUGCUUCCUGGGCUUCCUAUGAUACUUCUUUAAGCAAACAAUUAUCUUCAGAAAGUCAAAUGGGUUUUUUUUCUGAAAACAGUGAGAGAAAUGAACCUAUUAUCAGUUAUCCUAAGUCUAAAGAAUCCGAAAUGCAGCAAGAAACAUCCACGUCACAACCAGACUGCAAUGUGGAUAGUAGCUCAGUGAGCAGUGGGUAUGGUACCUUUUGUGUCUCUGAAUUAAAUACCUACAAAUCUAAGGACUCUAAGGAGUUCAUGGAGCACGCAGAGGUUUCUGAAGGACAGUUUGGUGCACCUUUGGGGCAGACAGAGUCACUUGUAGAUGGUGUAAAAAACAAGAGUUUUCAUAUACACACUGCUGAAGAGUUCUGUCCAUCUUUAAAGGAAGAUAUUUCCAUUUUUCCUGGUGAAUUUGAACACAGUUUUCUUGGUGAAAAUAAGAUUUCGGAAGUAUACAGUGGAAAAACAAAUAGCAAAUCUAUAACAUCAUGGGCACAAAAGCUGAAGCAGAACCAGCCAAAGAGAGCGCUUACAGAAGAAGGGUGUUCAAAAUCUAUGCAAGGAAAUGAGCAAGCCAGGAAAUCACCAGUUGAGAAAUCUAAUUUCACUGCUGCUAAGCAUCCUCAUGCUUUUUACCUCAAUAGACCGGAUGAGAGUCCAGAUUCUUGGAUGUCUGAUUCAGGAACAGGACUGACUUACUGGAAGUUGGAAGAGAAGGACAUGUAUCACUCCCUGCCUGAAACUUUAGAGAAGACGUUUGUACCGGCCUCCUCCACAGAUAUGUCACCAGGCCAGUCAAAUACUAGUAAUGAGAUGAAGCUGCCAUCACUGAAGGAUAUUUAUCAUAAAAAACAAAGGGAAAACAAGCAGUUACCUGAGCGGAAUCUCACUUCUGCUUCCAACCCAAAUCAUCCACCAGAGGUACUAACUCUAGAUCCAACGUUACACAUGAAGCCAAAUCAGAUUUCAGGGAUUCAGCCACAAGGCUUUUUGAAUGCCCUCGAUGACAGAAUAUCCUUUUCACCAGACUCUGUUCUUGAACCUAGUAUGUCUAGUCACUCUGAUGUAGACUCAUUUUCACAAGCAAGUAAUAUCGCUUCUCAGUUAUAUGGAUUCCCAAAAUAUCCUUCAAAUACAAAAGCUUUACCAGUGGACUCUUGGAAGAAUCAUGGAUUCCAAAAUGAAAGUAGGACCAGUUCCACAUUUCCUUCAGUUUAUACCAUUACUAGUAAUGAUAUCUCGGUCAACACUGUGGAUGAAGAAAACACUGUCAUGGCAACCUCAGCUUCAGUCGGCCAGUCCCAGCUUCCAGGGACAGUCAGCAGUGUCCCAGAGUGCAUCUCAUUGACUUCCCUGGAAGAUCCUGUGAUACUGUCGAAAAUUAGGCAGAACCUAAAGGAAAAGCAUGCUCGACAUAUAGCGGAUCUUCGAGCUUACUAUGAAUCAGAAAUAAAUAGUUUGAAACAGAAACUGGAGGCAAAGGAAAUUUCAGCAGCUGAAGAUUGGAAGAAAACCAAUCAAAUUCUUGUAGACAGAUGUGGCCAAUUAGAUAGUGCUCUGAGUGAAGCUACUAGUCGUGUGAGAACACUUGAAAAUAAGAAUAACUUACUGGAAAUAGAAGUUAGUGAUUUCAAAGAACGCUUCAAUGCAGCCAGCAGUGCUUCCAAAAUUUUGCAGGAACGGAUUGAGGAAAUGAGAACAAGUAAUAAAGAAAAAGACAAUACCAUCAUUCGACUAAAAUCUCGACUGCAGGAUUUAGAAGAAGCAUUUGAGAAUGCUUACAAACUCUCAGAUGAUAAAGAAGCGAGACUAAAACAAGAAAACAAAAUGUUUCAAGAUCUCUUAGGAGAAUAUGAAUCCCUUGGAAAAGAACAUGAAAGAGUAAAGGAUACAUUAAAUACAACUGAGAACAAAUUGCUUGAUGCACAUACUCAGAUUUCUGACUUGAAAAGAAUAAUUUCAAAACUUGAAGCUCAGGUCAAGCAAGUGGAGCAUGAAAAUAUGUUAAGUCUUCGCCAUAAUUCUAAAACUCCCCUGAGAUCCUCACAUGCCAACACACUGGCCACCUCUGACGUCAGCAGACGCAAGUGGCUGAUACCAGGAGCAGAGUAUUCUAUCUUUACUGGCCAGCCUUUGGAUACCCAGAAUGAUAGAAUGGAUAACGAGCUGGUGGAAACCUGCACUACUGGGUAUCAUUCUCCUCCGGAAAAGGAUUCUUCACCUGGAAGUUCACCAAGAGGCUUACUGAAAAAAAAACAAAUAGAGACUUCAGAUACACCAAUCAUGAAAGCUUUAAAAGAACUUGAUGAAGGAAAAAUAUUUAAAAAUUGGGGCACACAGACAGAGAAAGAGGACACCUCAAAUAAAUUAGUGAAUCCUCGGCAAACUGAAACAUCAAUCAGUACAAAUCGGUCCCCAGAGAAAUGUGCCCAAAGACAGAAGAGAUUUAACUCUGCUUCACAGAGAUCAUCGUCUUUACCACCUUCAACUCGUAAAUCGAAUACUCCAACAAAAAGAGAGAUUAUGUUAACACCAGUGACUGUGGCUUAUAGUCCAAAGCGAUCUCCUAAAGAAAAUUUGUCCCCAGGAUUUAGUCAUCUACUGAGCAAAAAUGAAAGCAGUCCAACUCGAUUUGAUAUACUUUUGGAUGAUUUAGAUACUGUUCCUGUGUCUGCGUUACAAUGUACCAAACCAAGGAAACAACUCCAGUUUCUUCCUCUAGAUGACUUGGAAGAAAAAAAACAUUCAGAAACAGCCACCGACAUCCAUGUUAAUCAUAGCUCUUCUCCCGGACUGUUGCCAAAUGGAGUGAAGAAAGUGUCUGUGCGAUCAGCCUGGGAGAAGAAUAAAUCAGUUAGCUAUGAACAGUGUAAGCCUGCGCCAGUAGCACCACAUGGUAAUGAUUUUGAGUAUACAGCAAAAAUUAGGACCCUAGCUGAAACGGAGCGGUUUUUUGAUGAACUUACAAAAGAAAAAGACCAGAUUGAGGCGGCUUUGAGUCGAAUGCCUUCUACUGGAGGACGGAUCACUUUGCAGACGAGAUUGAAUCAGGAAGCUCUGGAAGAUCGUUUGGAAAGGAUUAAUCGAGAACUGGGCUCAGUUCGAAUGACAUUAAAGAAAUUUCAUGUUUUGCGCACCUCUGCAAAUCUCUGAGAUUUGUACCCAUUAAAUUUUGAGAUGUUUUUGUUUGCACUAACGUAUAAUUAUGCACUCAGAAAUGGCAAACUAUUUUGUACUGUUUAUAAGCCUUCAAAUAGUAGUUUUACAAUCAUGCUAUUCUUUACACUUGCUAUUUUAUACUUCAAAUGGCCACAUAUUUUCAAGAUAUUUUUGUUAUGCUCAGGAAUCUCUUGUAUAUUUUACUAUUUAAAAAGUAUUAUUUUUAAAUAGUAUCAGUCUCCAGUUUAUAUCAAUAGUAAGAAAAUGUAAACAGGGGAGGCAGCUUGUUUCUAAACAAAUAGUGUUAUCCUUUUACAAUUAACUUUGCACACUAAUUUUAUAUACUUGUCCUACAUUGUGAAUAUGAUUCUUUUCUUAAAAUAAAUGCUUAAGAACA